AUGACUUAUACGGUUGCUCCUCAUCUUGAAUACUUUACGAUUCCCCUCGCCCAAUUCGUGGCUGCCCGGCCUGAGUUUGAAGGGUUUGGUGUCGGCGCGUACAUCUUUUCGCAUGCCGAUCCCAUCCCGCGCGUUCUGCUUCUCCAGCGAUCACUGAGCGACUCAAUGCCUGGGUGCUGGGAGGGACCCGGGGGUGCAUGCGAAGAAAGUGAUCCAACAAUACUCGAUUCCCUUGUUCGUGAAACGCUCGAAGAGAGUGGGUUACACGUGUCUCGCGUUAUUGACCUCGUGGCGGUAGAUUGCUGGGAGCAUCAUCGCCGCAAUAGCGACAAAAUACGCAUCAUCAAAUAUUCAUUCAUUGUUGAGGUUCAAGAAGCGCUACGAGAAUCCGCAAAACCGGAACAGGUGCCAACGCUCCAAAUACCUGUUCGACUCGAAGCAAUAGAGCACCAGAAUUUCGAUUGGGCAACGGAGCAAGACGUUCAGCUUUCUGUUCAGUCCUGUAAUGGUCGAUACAAACUCCCAUUGUUCCCCACUGGGCAUCAAGGCCUUAACAUCCUCCGGGCUUUUGAACUGGCGAAAAAUCGACAGAGCUAG